UCUAGAGCUUGAACCCAAGUAAAAAUGCUGUGGAGAAAAUGGUAAUGACCCCUUGGGAUAGCGGUUGCAACAUGCCCCGAGACAGAGAACCUGUUCUGGGAAGUUUUCAUUUUGUUUGCAUCCUGGCCUUCAUAGUCAGAAGCAUGAUCCAGUUCUCUGAGUCACUUGAGUUCGCGGUAGACUAUUCAAACAGGAACCUUACUCAUGUCCCCAAAGACCUGCCACCAAGGACAAAAGCCUUAAAUCUGUCUCAAAACUCUAUACUCGAGCUUCAGGUGUCUGACGUUAGCUUUCUGCCAGAGCUGAGGGUUCUGAGACUCUCCCAUAACAGAAUCCAGAGACUCGAUUUCGGUGUGUUCAAGUUUAACCCAGAUUUAGAAUACCUGGAUGUCUCCCACAAUCAGUUGCGGGACAUCUCUUGCUGUCCUGGGGUGAGCUUGAAGCAUUUAGACCUCUCAUCUAACGACUUUGACGUGCUGCCGGUGUGUAAAGAAUUUGGCAACUUGACGAAGCUGAGUUUCUUGGGAUUAAGUGCUACGAAGUUCCGACACCUGGAUCUGCUGCCAAUUGCUCACUUGCACCUAAACUACGUUCUUCUGGACUUAGUGGGCUAUCAUGGAAAAGACGGCGAGAGAGAAAGUCUUCAGGUUCUGAACACCAAGGCCCUCCACUUGGUCUUCGAUCCAAAUAGCUUGUUCUCUGCGGAGGUGAACAUAUCAGUGAAUGCCUUGGGAUGUUUACAACUGAGUAAUAUUAAAUUGAAUGAUGGAAACUGUCAAAGGUUAAUUACGUUUUUAUUAGAACUCACCAGAGGUCCAACCUUAUUAAAUCUGACUCUCCAGCACAUGGAAACAACCUGGAAAUGCUUGGUUCAACUUUUCCAGUUCCUUUGGCCCCGACCGGUGGAGUACCUCAACAUUUACAAUUUAACGAUAGUUGAGAGCAUCAAUAACGAAAUUUUCAUGUACUCCGAGACGGUACUGAAGGCAUUGACAAUCGAGCAUGUGACAAACCAGGUGUUCAUCUUUUCGAAGGAGGCACUGUACUCUGUGUUUGCUGAGAUGAACAUCGGGAGGCUGACCAUCUCAGACACACCGUUCAUCCACAUGCUCUGCCCUCUGUCCCCAAGCACGUUUGUGUUUCUGAACUUCAGCCAGAAUGUUUUCACCGACAGUGUUUUCCAAGGCUGCUCCACCUUAAAGAGAUUGGAGACACUUAUCUUACAAAAGAACGGCUUGAAGAACCUUUUCAAGGUAGGUCUCAUGACUAAGAAUAUGUCCUCUCUGGAAACUCUGGACAUUAGUCUGAAUUCCUUGGAGUCUCGUGCACACGAAGGAACAUGCACUUGGGCCGACAGCAUAUUGGUGCUAAAUUUGUCUUCGAAUGUACUUACUGAUUCUGUCUUCAGAUGCUUGCCUCCCAAGGUCAAGGUCCUUGACCUUCAUAACAACAGAAUAAUGAGCAUCCCCAAAGAUGUCACCCACCUGCAAGCUUUGCAGGAACUCAACCUUGCAUCCAAUUCUUUAAUGGACCUUCCUGGAUGUGAGGCCUUCAGCAGCCUCUCUGUGCUGGUCAUUGAGCAUAAUUCAGUUUCCCACCCCUCAGCAGACUUCUUCCAGAGCUGUCAGAAGAUUAGGUCCAUAACAGCAGGGAACAACCCAUUCCGAUGUACAUGUGAGCUGAGGGAAUUUGUCAAAAACAUAGGCCGAGUAUCAGGAGAAGUGGUCGAGGGCUGGCCUGAUUCUUACACGUGUGACUCCCCAGAAAGCGCUAAGGGGACCCCAUUGCAGGACUUCCACAUGUCUGCCUUGUCCUGCAAUACUGUUCUGCUGAUUGUCACCAUCGGGGCCACUUUGCUGCUGUUGGCUGCCAUUGUGGCUUUCCUCUGCCUCCGCUUUGAUCUGCCCUGGUAUCUGAGGAUGGCGUGUCAGUGGACACAGGCCCGGCACAGGGCCAGGAACAUCCCCGUAGAGGAACUCCAGAGGAAUUUCCAGUUUCACGCUUUUGUCUCAUACAGUGAGCAUGAUUCCACCUGGGUGAAGAAUGAAUUACUACCAAACCUAGAGAAAGACGACAUACGGGUUUGCCUCCAUGAGAGAAACUUUGUCCCUGGCAAGAGCAUUGUGGAGAAUAUCAUCCAUUUCAUCGAGAAGAGUUACAAGUCCAUCUUCGUGUUGUCUCCCCACUUCAUCCAGAGUGAGUGGUGCCAUUAUGAACUCUACUUUGCCCAUCACAAUCUCUUCCAUGAAGGGUCUGAUAACUUAAUCCUGAUCUUACUGGAGCCCAUCCUCCAGGACAGCAUUCCCAGUAGGUAUCACAAGCUGCGGGCUCUCAUGGCACGGAGGACUUACUUGGAAUGGCCCACAGAGAAGAGCAAACACGGGCUCUUUUGGGCCAACCUGAGAGCUUCUUUUAUUCCAAGGUUAUCGUUAGUCAAUGAAGAAGAUGUGAAGACUUGAAGCUUGGAUUUUCCACUUAAUAAUCUGUCAACUUGGACUCUCAUGAGCACUGUGGUUUUAAGUCCAUAUCUGGGGGUACUUCUUGUAUGGUGUCCUGGUUUGGCUUCUGUGACCAUGAUAAACAACAUGACCAAAAGCA